UGAUGCCAUACAGCAAAUAUUUGUAAUGUGACUGUUUUCCAAGUGUUUACGUGUGCUUUGUGCUCCUUCUUUAAUAGUCUUGGCAACUACGCAUCUCUCCAUGGACGAAUGUAUUGCACGCCACACUACAAGCAACUCUUCAAGUCCAAAGGAAAUUAUAACGAAGGAUUUGGACAGAAACCACUCAAAGAACGAUGGAAUAACAACAUCCAAAAGGAAUCAAUUGAAAAAAAUGUAUUCAAAUCAUCCUCACCAGAAAAGAAAGUCAAGAAUUCCAAAUAUUCGACUGCUCAGAGCAAAUUUAUUCAUCAGCAUUGUGAUGCAAGCUCAGCUGGAAGUGGAAACACUAAGUCAACAAGUAAGAUAUCUGUUGUGUGGCCUCCUCAGACUGAUUCUGUCAAGACAUCCUUUACUGUUGAGCAGGAGCUAAAGUUGAUGAAGCCAUCAUGGCCCCCUGCAGAGGAUACAGCCCAAGAAAAAGAAGAAGUCGGCCAGCCAAUCAAGCCUGGGUUGAAAAUGGGUGGCAUUCUCCCUGCUGAAGUACCAAAUGGGCACCAAGACAGUGUGCAAGGGAGCACUUGUUUAAUCUCAAAUAUGACAACUAAAGAGGAGACUGCACUUGAACCUUCAAUUUGUACUGCCUCUGCCUCUCCGGAAGCAGCUGGAGAGAGUGCUGGACAGGAAGUGGACAACAGUCCCUUAGACUAUGUGCUUCCACUAGACUAUGUUGUAGAGUCUGAAGUCAAGGAGGAAAAUGAAGAGACUCGGAAUGGUUUUAUGAAAAAUGUGAUGGAGAAGCAAGAAGAGCAGAAUCUGGAGGAUAUGACAGUAAGUGACAGAAAGCCGAAUUAUGCAGCAGGUGAAAAGGUGGCUAGAGGGAGAAAUGAAGAAGCGUUACAGGUGACCUUACGAGAUGAAGAAGCCCGAAAUUCAAACAUCAACAAUAAUAACAACAGCGGUAUGGCGCUUGACUAUCAAGUUUUGUUGCAAGGCCCGACUGAGGAUGAGGAAAAGGGAAUUCAGUCUAACCUUUCGACAGAUGUGUGUAGAACUAAAGGUGUUUUCCUAGCUGACUGCAGGGAAGAUUCAAACUGGAUGCCAACUGAAGUGCUACAACUGGCACAGAGGGAUGACGCCUUCGUUCCAGUGGAUACCAAAUGUGCUGAGGCCACAGAUUCAGAUCCAGACAUUUUCGUACAUUUUCCAGAAGAGAAGGCCGAGGGAGAGUUUUUGUUCAAGAAGGAGGCAGCUGAGCCAAAGAUUAACACGUCCAGCUUUCUGGAGGACAUUUUUGCUGGCCUCAGUACCAGUGGCUCUACUCUCCUAUCAGAUAUGCAAUUUGACAUCUUUGACAAAACAGCUAGGGCGGGGCCUCCGCUGUCAGCACUGGAUGACCUCUUGGAUUUGGGGGAAGAGCAAAGGGAAAGUGCAGAGCAAGCAGGAGAUGAGAGGAGAGAAGGCGACAGCGGCCGGGAUGCUUUUCUGUGGUCCUGUGAUGACAAUUUGACAGUGGAGGAACAGAUCAGGAGGAACCGAUGCUAUGAUGAUGACAGCGAUGAUUAUUAAGUACCAAGCAGCAGUGCUUAAUCAGGCAGCCGAGCCCAUGUUAAAUUUUACGUGCACGCCCAUGGAGAGAUGAACUGCUCUCAUUUAGGUCACCUAGCUUUCAGCAAUUUUAGCAAAGAUGAUCUGCACCUGGUGUGCAGCAUAACAUGAAUAAUUGCUCUUAUAUGUUGCACAGAAUUCACAUAUGACUUGUUGCAAUUAUAUUUGCCAUAUUGCAUUUCACAUAAAUGGAUGUUCCUGAAACUGAUUGCUUGAAUGAAUAUAUUUGGACAGGUUUUACUUUUUUUUCCAUUUAUUGUCUGCGUUUUGGGUGAAAUAAAGCUUCAUGAAUUCAACAGUUUAUGACCUUUUAAUGAGUAAGUGCACAGAGGAAUGAGAGCAGCUGUGGCGCUGAGGUGUUUGAUACACCGCUCACACAUAAAAGGCAAGAAGGGAUCUCUUUGGAGAGAGGUAUAUUGAUUUUUACUGAUACAGAAAGACUCCGUAGGACUUAGAAGACAUUUUUUUUCAUCUGGGACCACCUUUCCAAUUUUAGGAGCCACUUCUUCCUCGAGCAAAGUGGAUACGGUAGUGUGUACUGUAUAACGUCAAUUACUUCAGCAAAAACAAUGGGUUGUUCUCACUGACGUCACAUUUUUUGCUGAAUUACCCAUAUACCACUGCGCGCCGCCAUUUAAUUUCCCUACCUAACGUGUAUCAGUGUUGUAGCCUCCGGAAAGCUCUCCGUUACUGUUUGUGUUUUCGUGUUUCACGGGCGUCUCGGCACUCAAGUACACUAGAGAGGACUUUAUAACAGUCAGAGAGACUUCUUCUGAUUUUUCUUCUGACUUUUUUUCGACAACUCUUGCCUAUUCGCUGAAGCAUUUUCCAGAGUUGCUAGUCGGCACGCUCUUCAAAGCCUCGCGACGAAGAUGCUCGCGAUCCAGGAUACUAGUCCGCCUUCGAAAGCGGGGACAUCGUCUAACGCUUCUGACGAAAGACUUUGGACGUUCUGCAGCUCUGUGCUUCACGGAGACUUGGCUUUGUGGACGAGUGCCCAACGUGCGCCCAAUGCUGCUGUCACGCUGUCUGGCUUCAACCUCCAUCGAGCUGCUUGU